AUGCUCUCACGUGUUGCUGCAGUGAAGGCACCCCGCACACACAACCGUCGCCGCGUGACCGGAUCCAGCGGAGGGAGGAGGGAAGGAAGAGAGAGUGAGCCGCAGAGGCCCCACAUGUCCCGGCGUGUGUUUGCUUCCGCGGUGCUGCUUCUUCUUUUCGUGACGUGCUGUGGGAUUGGUGGAGCUGUUUCUGCUGGGGGGAGUAAUGUAAGGGGUACAGUUGAUGCGUUGAUGGGGAUUGGAUGGGAAAAGCUUGAAAACUGGGAGGAUGUUCCUGACGCUGGUGGUAAAUAUGGCUCGCUCCGCGUUCCCAGUCUCGUUGAGGUGCAGGGUCAUGUAUUUGCUAUUGCUGAGGCCCAUUGCAGAGAUGGAGACAAGUGCAGCAAAUUCGGCUUUACUGGGAUUGCGUCAAAGUACCUUGGUUUAAGUGGUGUUUCUGGUCCAACCGAGAUCUCGACGGCGGAUGCGAGUAUCUUUGGCACAGAUCUUCUAAAGAAAGGUUCUGAGGUCAUCAACACCAGAAACGGCAUAACGCGACCAACGACGGUUGUAAUUGAGGACAGUGUUUACGUACUCCUGGGAAACUACAGCCGUACAAGGCCGCAGGUUGGGGGCACGAAUGAGCGGGGCCUUUUGCUCGUGAAGGGAACUGUCAUUGAAGAAAAUGGGACGAAGAAAAUCAGAUGGAAUGAGACCCAUGUGGUGAAGCCUGAACCUAAAGGAUAUUCUCGUUCCUUGACCGAGUUAACUGGCGGUGGAGGAUCGGGUGCUGUGAUAAGUGACGGCGCGCUUGUGUUUCCCAUG